AUGCAGCUCAACGCACUUCUCCUCGUUGUCCUCGUCCUGGCGGCGGUCGGCCGUGGGGCGGCCCAGGAGCCAGCGUCGGCGCCGCUUUCCUCGGCCGCGUCGCCCCCUACCGCUGAGACCCCCUCCAACACCCCCGUGGCAGCCGCGACGCCCGAGUCUUCGGCGGCGACCCCUUCCCCUCAAAUGCCCAAGUCUUCGUCGCCCGCCUCCGGCCCCGUCCCAGACGCCACCGCUUCCUCUCCAGCGACUUCGCCAUCUGCCUCCUCUGCCGGGGCUCUCCUCACCCACGACCUCCCCAUCUCCCACCUCCUCCGCGUCGGGGCCGUCUCAGGACGCUGCAGUCGCCUGUGA